UUUUUCGGGAUUCCAAGUGUGGAAUUUCAUACCUGGAAAAAACUCGAAUGUGGAGUAUUCCAUACUCACCACACUAAAGUCGCCGUCCUUCUCCAGCAGAGUCUGGAUUUCCGUAGCGUUUUUCCCCACUACGAAUACCGUGCGUCGCGAGAGGCAAGGCCACGCGCGUUAGUAUGCCGUGAAGCAGGAAGCACAUAUUCUUGUAUAGUUCUAUAGUUUCAUAACCAGAUUUAUAAGAAAAUUGGUCUAUUUCCUUAAGCAUGUUCUACUACUCGGAGUGGGCGAAAGCGCUAACUAACUAAGAUCCAGACUCUGGUAGUCAGUAGUUAUACUUUGUAAAACGCGUUUCUUUGUUAUACAGUUGCUUUCGCUUAAGAAGCGAAAAUGGAGAAGGAAAUUCAUGUACAAGUAAAAGAUAACUCGCCGUCGAUGGAGCGCAUCUUACGUCCAAUAUCAUACGCAUCAUGGUUCCUAGGUGUCGGUGUUGCUCAUCCGCGAAAGUGUCCCAAAGCUAUAACAAUAAUCAUACGUAUAAUUCAUAUGACUGUGUGUUUCAUUAGCGUAAUAUACGAAGCAUCAGAUAUCUUCCCUUACAUUCAUGAGUUAGACAUAUUUGAAUACGUAUACUGCCUAAAUAAAGUGAUGUGUUACGUAUCAGCCUAUUAUUACAUUUAUCACGGAAUUAGACAGUACAACAAGUGGCUGGAACUGAUGGAUAGAUUAAAGGAACUCGAUCAGAAGAUGAAGAAAGAAAUAUCAAUGAAUGACCGAUCUAUAAAAAUUGUCGUAGCGCUAGCAGUAUUCGCGACGUUCACACCCUAUCCUUUAAUACUGAUCUUUACCUCUUUAUAUUAUUAUUGCUUUCAAACACAUAUAAGAUACCUUGUCGUGAUUGGAGGGUCAGAUUUGCGUCUUUACUACAUGUUAUGCCAGUCGUUGAUUAAUAGCUUCGUCUUCGACGUUAUCGUUUAUGUGUUAUAUUGCAGAUUUCAAACAGUAAAUAAAUUAAUCGGUCAGGUAGACAAGUCAUCUGAUGUAUUAUGGAUCGCGUUGAAGAUUAGAAACAUCAGAAAAUUACAUACUGAUAUUUGUGAUCUCGUCAACAUGGUGCACGACAUUCAUAGUCUUCAUCUCCUUUUCUGCUUAGCGAAUUGUUUUACCGUGGCUUUGGAUGUGCUAUUCAAGGUUUACAUUUAUGACAUGGACCACAAAGACUACGAGUUUACACUGUUACAGAAUUUCUGUUUCAUUGCAUAUGUCACGCAAUUCUAUUUGAUUUGCUGGGUUUGUACGCUUGCAUGUCAAGAAUCUAACAGGACUGGAAAAAUUAUAUAUAUAAUUAUAUUAAAUUACAAAUCUGCGAAUCUUGAUAAUCAUGAGGCGAGUAAUCUAUCGAAUCUAGAAAUGCGACCUCUACUGGAAGAUUUAGGUGGCCAACAAGAGUUCAGUCGGAAUCACAAUUUGAGGUACAACAUCAAGGAAAAUUUAUUGCGUGGAAACCUGGAUCAAGAGUGUGUUACAAAAGAGAUCAAUGAUUUUUCGAUUCAACUGCAACAGAAUCGAAUAGCAUUUACAGCCUGCAAUUUUUUUGAAAUAAACAAUGCUUUGUUCACAACGUUUGUCGAGGUGAUUAUCACUUAUCUAGUAGUCGUCAGUCAACUUUAUAAACAACCUAAAGAUGUAAGCAUGCUGAAGAAGCUUAUUUUGAAAAUGACAAAGAAAAACCAAACAUACUCACAGAAUUAACAGAUUCCGUUAUGUUAAAACCUUAGCGAUUAAUUGUCGGGAACCAACUAGCCUGGUUUCCGAAUUGUUCUAGCAUCUCCCUGAUGUAUGCUAGGACAAUUUGGAAACCAGGCUUGUUAGUUAACUCUUCGUGGUGUAUCGUACUAGUCUAAAUGUUAUAAAAUUUGCAUAAAUUUCCAUUGUCUAACCUAAAUGAAGAAAUUAAUGAGACAA